UUCAAAGGAAUAUGGUGUGUUAGAAUGCACAGGUAAAAUUUGUGGUAGAUAAGGUGUUCUGAGGAAAGUUUAAUUCUAGGUAAGAAUGGCUGUAAGCCCUCGAUGUGGCGAGGAAUCUAAAAGAAUGCGUAAAAUGAGUCUGAAUUAUAUUAAAGAUUCAAUAGUGAGGAGAAGUGGUAGGCAGAAUGGACCUCGAGCUCAUGUGUGUUGCUGUGAAACAUUAGAAGAUGCAAAUGGCGAAACGGCUGAAACUGGGAUGACUUGUUCGAAAAAGGAAAUGUCUCCGGACAGAAAUAGUGAUAGGUGUAAGUGUACAGGAAGGCCGUUAGCUGAUAAACAUAAACUUGGCGUUUUUAAAAGUUUGAAAAAAAUAUUUCAGUUAAAAACAAAUGUAGGUGCUAGACCAAUGAAAUGCAAAUCAAAACAUACCUUUAAAAGUGUUGAAUCGUCCAGUAACUAUUCAUUUCCUUUGGGUGAAGACUCUGCGAAUGAAGGGUUUACAUCUAAAAAUCCUAGGAAGUCCAAAGGCUUGUCAAGGGCUAUAUGUCCAGUACCACAACCCCUUCGUUUUGUUAGAAGCUCAGGUAACAACAGCAAGAGUACACCAGUAAGUGUGACAUCAUUGCAUGAACGAAAGGAAGGACUGUUUGCAGCACGGAAAGUUCCUGAUGUUGUUCAAAAUGUGUGCAGGUUCCACAGUGUGUCGCCCCAAAUGCAAACCAAUGGCACUACUAACAGCAGCAUAGUAGCUUUACCAGCACUGAGAAGAGACAUGGACUCUGGAAAAGACUUAGAAGCACUGAGCAGGACAGAUGACUGUGACACAGAAAAUUCAGAUUACAGUGAGGCCCAUAACUUCGUCCUGAAUGUGCACGAGGCUGGGAUUGUGCAAUAUGAACCAUGUGACAUUAUCAGACACACCAUUGGUGGGGAUGCUGAACCAAUGCCUAGUCCAACUUCUCGGAGUUUGACUUGUGAAUUGUUUAAAUUGGCCAAAUAUGGUUGGUACUGGGGACCAAUCUCACGAGAAGAAGCAGAAGAAAAAUUAUUGGAUCUACCUGAUGGAGCAUUCCUUGUACGUGAUUCAUCAGCAGACCGUUACCUCCUAAGUGUGAGUUUCCGAAGUUCAGGGAAGACGUUUCAUACUCGUAUCGAACACAGCUGUGGUCUGUUCAGCUUCUACGCAACUCCUGGAGGGGAAGGCUUCUCGAGCAUCGUGGAACUGAUCAAUCAUUCUAUGUCCUAUUCAGAAUCUGCUGUAUUUUGUUAUUCUCGUCCACGGGCUCCAGGUUACCCAGCAUUCCCUGUUCGGUUAGCGAGACCUGUGUCACGAUUCACACAAGUAAGAUCUCUCCAGUAUCUCUGCAGAUUUGUUAUACGCCAGUACACCAGGGUGGACAACAUACAGAAACUUCCUUUGCCCAACAGACUGAAAGGGUACAUUCAGGAAGGUCACUAUUAGUUACAGUUACUGGUGUCUUUGAAGACAGAAUUAGUGAGAUUUUCAUUUCAAAGAAUGAUGCAUAUUUUAUACAUAUUUUAUUAUAGUCCACCGAAUGUAUGAAUUUAUGUUAAAUUGUCAUGUUCAGGCAUUCUUUGCUUUUUGUGUUUGGCAUUUUACUUUCUCUUAAAAAAUUUGUAGUGUUUUUGCCCAUGUCUAGGUUGAGUUCUCCACAAAAGUGGAAGACACAGUCAUCGGUUUUAAGGAUUUGCUUGCUAUAUUUCAUCACUUAUUGCAUAUCUAAAGAUGGUGCCUGAUUCUUCAUAUGCAAUAACACAAAAAGCCAGUAACUGAACACUGAAUUGAAGGGUCAGAGAUCUCUCUUCAGGGAUAAUGCUGUGUAGUCCAUUGAGAGUCAACUGACAUUUUGGAGGGAAACCUUACCUAUGUCUCCAGGAUCAAAGGAUAAGCCCAGCAAGGAACCUGCUUUCAUGCUAUUUUCUUGCUUUGCCUGUUCUUCGACCCUGAAAAUGGAGGCAAGAUAUUCCUCCAAAAUGUCGGUUGACUUUUGACAGACCAUAUGGCAUAAUAUCUCAAAACAUAGAAUUAUUCAUAACCACUGCUGUGAGAAGCUCAAAUCUUAAGACAGUAACACUUCUGACUUGUACUAGGGGCAUUCAAAAAUGAUUGACAUUGAAUGGUUUCUUCACAGUAACCAUUUAUUGGAACAAAAUACAUACAGAUUGUAUUAGUGGUAUUCCCCACCAUUGUCUAUGCAGCUUUGCCAUCGGUCCCGCAGUUUCUGUAUUUGCAUAGCGAACCAUUCUUCAGGGGUAUGGAGAGGGAGUGUCAAUCAUUUUUGAACGACCUAAAUAUUUAGGAAGUGCCCAGUUCAAAUCUCAAGCUGGAAACCGCUGUCCUGACUGAGGAUUUUUGUGAUCUUCUCCAGUCCUCUAGGAAAAUACUGGGAUAGUUCCCUGAAGUAGACCAUGACCACUUCCUUCCACAUCGUUUUCAGUUGCCAUUCAUUCAACACUAUAUAAUUUGAGCUGCUGAGAGUGCAUUGAAAUAGAUCAUGAAUCCCCGGUGAGAUAGAUUGAACAGUGAAUGAAACAUCUUGUUCAUUAGCAACAAACACUUUGGGCUGAUUGAUAUGAGUCAUUUGUGGCUGGAGGGGGAGAGGGGGAACCCCGAAGUGCUGUCAUUCCCAUGUCCGCACAACUUCUUUCCAUGACCUUGGAAUAGUCGAGUGAUUAUGCGUGAUAUAGGAAAUUAAUCCUUAAAGCCAUAUUCUUUGAAUAUAUCUGAAACUUGUAAUAGGAUCAAUUUCGUUAUAUAGUUAUAUUUCCUGUUAGCUCAUAAUUUGAAAUAUAUUCUAGUUAUGUUGUGUGAGUUAUGUAUAUUUUGAAGUUUUAUUUGAUUGUUUGAGGUUUUUAAUGUUGAAAGUUGAUUGGUUAUGAUAUGUGUUUUUCAUAAAAGUUUUGUUUUCUUUUUCUUCAUGGUAUUUGUGGGCACAUAAUGAUAUGAAGGUUUCCUAUAAUUGAGCUCACAAUUCUUACGCCCAUAUUGUACAAUAAUGAUGUUUGAUUGGUGCAGUAUGAGACAAUCCCGACCUGUGAUUUUUGUUACUUAAUUACUGUAUAUGUUGCAUGCCAUUCUGGAUG